AUGGCCACCGCGAGGUCGUCGCAUUCUAAGCCUUCUAGUUCUACUCUAUCUGCGGCUGCGGCGCAGAAGCAGGCGCCAACGAUUCUAAUCUACAAAAUGGUGAUCAGUGCGCUCAAAGCAUUGCUUCGUACUGGACUCAAAGUGAGAUUCGAGCUAUCUUACAUAACAUUAUUUAAUAAUCUACAUCAACAUUCUUAG